AUGCUUAUCAGAAAAGUUAGUUCAAAUUCGAAGGACAUAAGGUUCUUGGUCAAAGGUAAGGAGGUCUGCUGGGGCAUGAAGGAUUAUGCAUUGGUGACAGGCCUCAACUUUGGCAGAUUUCCUUUGGUGGAGGAGGUUGAAGAAUGUCCACCCCUUAUCCUCAAAUAUUUUAAGGGUAAAAAGGAUGUUAGACUGAAAGAGCUUGAAGACAUUUUCAUCGGAUGCUCUGAUAAGGAGGAUUCAUGGAAGAUGGGGCUCAUAUUUCUCAUUUACCAGUAUCUGUUCGCAUCUGAUAACAGGAGGAAGAUAAGUUUGAGAAUAUUUUACAUGGUGGAAGACAUGGAGAUGUUCCUCCAAUUUCCAUGGGGAAAGACACUGGAAGAUGAUCUUACAAGCCCAAGGAUAGUGCUCUAUAAAUCUUUUAGGAGUUAUACCGGACCUGAGGUAUCCACAGCCAUCCAGGAGUGCACUGUUCGAAGAAAAAUUCAUGAGUCUGCGGAGGAGAAGCGGAUGAAGAGAAAGAUUGAAGUUUUUGAAGAAGAAGAAAAACAUGAAAGGACUCCCAAACCGCCGACCAAGAAGAGUAGACAUAUUAGUCCCAAGGUCCCCGAAGUUAGUGAUGAAACUAGCCAAGAAAGCUCCUCUCAUUCAAUCCCUUCUGCGACGACUCAUAUUCCAACUGAAGACAAAUCUACAUCUUGUGCACCAAAUCGAGUGUCUCAAGACUUAACUGCCAAACUUGAUGUGCUGACAAAUGUUGUGAAUGAGAUUAAAAAGUAUGUGAAUGAGAUUAAAAGUGAAAUCAAGCUCAUGAAGGGGAAUCAACAACUUAUAAUCACAUUAUUGGGGCAAAGAAAUGAACAAAAGAAUGGUGGAGGAGAAGAAAAAGAAGAGGCAUGUACUGCUGCAAUUGAUACUGAGAAGAGGACGACAAAGAGGAAGAAUAAUGAUCUUGCACUUGUUGAGAAUAGGACGAAGAGGAAGAAUGAUAAUGUUGAUAAUGAGAAUAGGACGAAGAAGAAGAAUGAUGAGUUGAUGAACUCUAAGAGGAAGAAUGACGAGAAGAUGAAGAAGAGUAAGGAGGAGGGUGAUGAUGAGAUUACAAGAAAGAUGAAUGAGAGGAAGGAGAGGCGAGAGAGGCUGGCGAUUUUGUCCAAGAAAAGGAUUGCUGAUGAGUUGGCCAAGAAGAUGAAUGCUGAUAAGUUGGCCAAGAAGAGGAAGGCUGAGAAGAGGAAUUCGAAAAAGAAUGAUGAUUUGCGCCCGACGCCAAAAACCUCUCGCAAAUUGAGUUUUGAUGGCCUAGAGGAGAAGAAUGAUGAUGUGCAUGAGAACAAGGAGGUGGUGGAGAACAAGGAGAAGGAGGAGAAUAAGGAGGUGGAGGAGAACAAGGAUAAGGAGGUGGAGGUAGAGGAGAAUAAGGAGGUGGAGGAGAACAAGGAGAAGGAGGUGGAAGUGGAGGUGGAGAAGGAGAAGGAGAAGGAGUUGAAGGAUGUGGAUGAGGAUAAGAAUAAGGAGAAGGAGGUGCUGAAGGAGGAGAACAAAGAGGUGGAGGUGGAAGCUGAGAAGAAUGACAAGGAAGAAGAUUUGCCCCAUGUUCCAAAGGAGAAGAAAGAGGAGGUGGAAAAAGAGAUUGUGAAGGAGGUGAUUGUGGAGACUGAGGAGGAAAAGAAGAAGAAGGAGAAGAAUAAGGAGAAGGAGAAGGAGGUGAAACAAUUGACUCCAUCACAAUUUGUUGGUAAAAGUUUUCGGAGAAAGAAGAAGUCGAAACAAUUGGGGGAAUACACCGACCCUGGUGGGAAAGGGUUUAAACUAAAUGAUCCGGUUAAGGUUAAUCCUUUGUUACGAAUUGACGAGGAAAAAAUGAAGGAGUUGAAGAAAUGGUUAAAGAGUGAUGGAAAGGAUUUCAAGGAGUUGACGGUUUGCUCUGCAGAUCGUUCUUUUUUCAACAGAUUGCUCAAGCCUCAAGAAUGGUUACACGAUACGGAGAUAGAUGAAAUCUGUCAUCUACUGAAACGAAGGGUUGCGGAAUUCCCUAAGACAUAUCCAAGAAAUUUCUCAAUUGCUGACUCCAAACUCUCUCAAAAGAUGAAUAAUCGCUAUGAUAUGUUUACCCUGAAUCCUGCAGGCUACAAAUUCGACGAUCUCAUGGAAUACGUAUUUGGUGAAGGAAGUAAUCCUUGGAAUAUUGUUAAUAUGAUAUAUAAUAUGUUCCCAAAGGAUGAAUAUGACGACUUCUUGAAACCAAUGUGUGUAAUGGUGCCGUACUUGCUUGAACAGGGGUUCACCACGGGCGAUAAGCAAAGGUUUCCACAGAUCAAAUUGGAUGCGAUGCCAUAUUCCAUAAUACCACACCCAAUAGUCCCAAAGACAACCAAAAGUGGGGACUGUGGGGUUUUUACUAUUAUGCAUUUGGAAUACCUUACUGCCUCAUUGGAUAUAUCAAAUGUGAUGUUGGUCGGUUGGUCUCGUCGCGGGGUCUUAGUUGGGUCUCAGGUAUCGUCGUUGGGUCUUAGCGGAGCUGUGUCGUUGGCGGUGGCGGCGGUGGUAGUUGGGUCUCCCUUGGAGUUCGGUGACUGGCAGUUGGGGGAAGGGAGGGUGGUGGGGUCGCGGUGGAAAGGAAACGGGAGAAGAGAAAGGUGA